UGGCACUUUCCGGCUAUGGACUUCGGUAGGACCUACUACGAAGGCACCACAGUCACAGCCACGGCACAGGACCGGACGUAUUGUUAUUUUACCACUUUAAAAUGUCCAACACAGGAAAAUAUGUUCGGGCCCCCGCUUAUGAAAGCGAGGAGGAGAGUAUAAACGAACUGGAAUGCGGCGAUGUUUUUAGCCCAGGGAGAUUUGUCCGAUUGAACCCAUCUAACGAGGACUUCGGUGACGUUGAUGCACAAGAAAAUGACCCCUAUGCAGAUUACUACAGGACUGUAGAUCCGGAUCAAGAAACUCGGGAACUGCGGCAAAAGGUGCAGGAACUGGAGAAGACUAUUGCUGAAUUGUCUGGGGCCAAGACAUCUGAUCCUGAACAUGAUCGAACAACAGCAACCGUUUCAUCUUGCGAUAUUAGUGCACCAAGCAUCAGAUGGGACAACAUGAAACCAUUUCCAAGUGGUGUGCCCGCCAAUAAAAUGUGGGAGACUUGGACCAAGUAUUUUGAAAAUUUUGAGAUUGCGGCAUCGUUGUCCAAUGCUCACGACCCGGUGAAGAGAUCACAACUCCUGUUUUUAUCGAUUGGUGACGAGCUUCAAGGUAUCAUCCGGGCAGCGAAAUUGCGACCUGUUACAAACGAGCCCGAUUGCUACGCGGUCUUCGUCAAGAACAUUGAGGAUUACUUGAAAGCGCUAACAGACACGUCGGCCGAGCAUGACAUGUUUUCUUCGAUGCAUCAAGAAAAAGGGGAAUCGGCAGUCAGCUUCCACUCCAGGUUGAUGGAGAAAGUUUGGCUUUGCGGAUACAGUCCAGCCGACCAGGAUCGUUUUGUUAGGACACAACUCUUAAAAGGAUUAAGGAAUCGUGAUCUCGCCAAGGCAGCCAGGACGUAUGGGCAUGACACGAAUUUUAUAGUUCAGUCGGCAGCGCGGGAUGAAGCUUUGCUUCCCGAGUCUUCAUCGGUUAACGCAGAUGAUAAAACGUCCAUCAUGGCGGUAGCUCAAAGGUUUUACCGAUGCCUCACCCAACGCCCUUGGAGCAGUGUUAGUACAAGAAGAAGAUGGUCGAGCUUCUCGGAUAAUUAGUUUUGCGUCAAAGGCUUUAACGACAACCGAGAAAAAGUACGCACAAAAUCAGCGGGAAGCUUUGGCGGCUGUAUGGGCGGUCGAGCACUUCGCUUACUUCUUGUUAGGUAGGCAUUUUACCUUGCGGACUGAUGCAAAGGGCAUCACGUUUAUACUUAAUCGGUCCCGAGAAACGGCGAAGCGGGCUUUAACAAGAGCUGAUGGCUGGGCGUUAAGGCUAAGCCCAUACAGCUAUGACGUGGAGUUCAUUCGGGGUUGCGAAAAUAUUGCGGAUCCAUCUUCUCGACUGUAUACUGGUAAUGAUGACGCUUUCAACGAAGAAAAUAGCCCAUGGGAAAUCGCACAUCUCGAGGCGAAUGCUGUGCAGUUUUUGACUGAUGCCGAAAUUAAGGAGCGAACUGCGUGUGAUAGUACUCUCCAGCGGGUGCUAGACUCCUUGGAGUCAGGAAUUUGGCCAAAAGACCUAAACAGAUUCAAUGCUGUUUCAACUGACCUGACUGCUAAAGAAGGUAUGCUUGUGAAAAAGGGAUGCGUAGUUGUUCCCGAAGACUUACGAGAAAAAACAUUAGCGAUAGCUCAUAGCGGGCAUCCAAUGACGGCAAAAUUGAAAAGCAUCUUACGCAAGAGUGUUUGGUGGCCUGGAAUAUCCGCGGAUGCUGAACGAUGGGUGGAAUCUUGCAUUCAUUGCGCUGCCAACGGAAAACCACAAAGUCAUACUCCCAUGCUCCGUGUGUUUGCUCCGUGUGUUUGCUCCGAAAACGGUAUGGGAAAUCAUAGCCAUGGAUUUUAACGGACCAUAUUUGAAGUUCGGAGGAAUAUACAUCUUGGUUAUAAUUGACUUGAGAUCUCGUUAUGCUAUAGCGCGACCAGUGAAGUCAACCGCAUUCGAAUUUACAAGAAAAAUUUUGGAUGAUUUGUUUGAAAGAGAAGGUUUCCCUAAUUCUAUCAAAACUGAUAACGGGCCCCCUUUUAACGGCGAACAAUAUGGGCAAUAUUGUACAGAUCGUGGUAUCAACACUAUUUUUUCUGCACCAUUCUUUCCUCAACAAAACGGGUUGGUGGAAAGCUUUAUGAAGAUGGUAAACAAAGCAAUGUCUACAGCUGUUUCAAGUGGUAAUAGCUACACUGAAGAACUCCAAAAUGCUGUCCAAGCAUACAAUGCCGGGACUCACUCCGUGAUUAAAGUUUCUCCGGAAGAAGUGAUGAUGGGCCGUAGAAUUAAGCGUGGAUUGCCUUUGCUUGAGCGUGGAAAGGCUGAUCACAACGAUCAUCUAUUAGAUAAAAGGGACCGUGAAACAAAAUUGAAAAGCAAAGCUCUCGAAGAUGCGCGGCGUGGUGCAAA